GAAGUCGAAGCGCUUGUUCCGCGGGGGAAGAGGAUUCAGACAACGUCCAGCUACAUCUACGACACUCUGUUCAUGAAGGGAGUCAAUGCUGACGUCACUAUUGCCGCUCUCGGGAAGGAAUGGAAAAUGCACAGACUCUACCUUUGCCAGUCGGGGUAUUUCUCGGGGAUGUUCAGUGGUAGUUGGAAGGAGAGCGAGGAACACAGAGUAUCGCUAGAUAUUCCUGACCCCAACAUCACCACAGAAGCCAUGGACCUGGCCUUCAGCUCCCUGUAUAGAGACGAGGUCCACAUGUCGGCCACCGACAUCACUAGUACCGUGGCCGCUGCAGCCAUGCUACAGAUGGAUGGGCUACUGGAGCACUGUCGAGUCUACAUGAGAGAAACUAUGAGGCAGAUACCCGUGGCGUCCAAAGGGUUAAAUCCACCGCUCCAUUUUGUCUACUGCUCUGUCUGUGUAUUAGGUGCGAGGAAUGGCUGAAGGUGAAUGUGGUGAAGAAUCACACGAUUGAUUUACUCAAAACACUCACAGCUGGGAAAAUGGAGGAGCUGAUUUCGAGUCACGAUCUCUUUGUCCUCCAAGUAGAGAUGGACGUCUACACUAUGGCCAAGAGAUGGCUGUAUCUGGUGCUCCAUCCUGAUACCUCAGUCGCACUAGACACAGUCUCUGAGGCUGCUGAGGACUACUUCAGACACCAAGAGACGUGGUUUCUGAAGACAGAGGAAGGACAGCAAUACUGUCCAGUUUUCAGAGCUCUCAGACUCCAGCACAUCAUGAAUGACAUCGCCUCCAUUCGCCUACUGGAAGCCGACCACAUCGUGCCUCACGAAUGGCUGUAUCCUCUCUACAAGAAGCAGUGGCAGACUAUGUGCAUGGUAGAACAGAGACUAGAGCAUGGACCGUUCAAGUUGACAGAGAGUCAGUUUAAUGAGUGCUCGUUUCGCUGCGGCCGUGUUCUCCAUGACAAUAUUGAGUAUUGCUGGAGAUGGACAGGGUAUUUCUAUGGAGUGGAUAUUAUCAUCACCUACUAUCCUAACACUGGUCAUCUCUCAGUGAAGAGAAACACGAAGUCCCUGUCAUGUGAUACAUCUGUCAGUCUCCAGCAGAUAAGGAAAAUUGUCAUGAGAUUAAGGGCUGUGUCGUUAGGUUCACAGAGUGAAGUGACCUUUAGAGAAGAUACUGACUUCUCAAACUCACCCUCGGACAAGAUGAGAGAGAUCACUCUCCUGCUACUGGGUCUUGAUGGAGCUGGAAAGUCGACCAUCCUUGCCAACCUCAUGGAAGAGGACGCGGAGGAUGUUCUGCCGACCAUCGGGUUCGCCAAUGCCACCACAACUCUUGCCAACUGCCACCUCAAGCUGUUUGAUGUGGGAGGAGGCCCCAGAAUAAGAGGCAUUUGGAAAAACUACUACGCCCAGUCUCAUGGCAUCAUAUUUGUGGUGGACGCUGGGUCACCUGACAGACUGAACGAGGCCAGACAGGUCCUCAGUGGGGUGCUACAAGAGGAGACAGUGGCGGGGAAGCCCCUGGUGAUAUUGGCUAACAAGCAGGACCAGCCGGGGGCUCUCGGGACGGAGGAAGUGAGAGAGAGACUCGGAUUGGACACUCUCUUGAAUGAGAACCAGCAGCAACGCAUUAGAGUGGUUGGGUGUGUGGGACUGUGUAACAGUGAUGGGGGGAGGAGGGGGAGGACACAAAUAGUGAGGGGAGUGGGGAGAGUGGUGAGGGAGGUGAGGGGGAGAUGGGGUGACCUGGGAGAGAGGGUGGGGAGGGACACGGACCGACAGAGGGAGCGCCAGGAGAGGGAGAGGGAGGAGAGGAAGGAGAGAGUUCGCAGAAUCAGGGAGGAGAGAGAAAGACAAGCUGCGUUGCAGAAAGGGCUCUCCAGCAAUGGCGUGGAGGGAAAUGAGGAGAAUACUCCCGUUAACCCCUUCAAACCCAUAUCGGAGGUGGUGGCAGAAGCGACAGAGCGAGAGGCUAGAGCCAAGGAACUGAAGAAGAAGAAGAGCAAGGAAGCAGCGAAAGGAGAUCAGGAGAUGAAAGUACCGGAGGAGGCGGACGGUGAGGGGAAGGCAGAAGAGCAGGAAGAAAGGAAUGAUCAACAGACAACUUCUGCACUCGCUGAAGACCAAUCUGUGAGAAGAAAAGGUGAAACCAAGGCAGCUGGUGACGCGGUAAACCACCACUCACCAGUCUUAUCCAGUGGUAGCGAGGGAGAAGUGUCUAGUGGACUAUCUACCAGCAGCUCUGACUCCCUCACACAUGUGACGGUAGCCAGCAAGGAAGAGGAAACCUCUCUUACGUCCGAGUCACUCGGACCACCCCUGACCACGCCUCCUGCACAGUCUGUUGCCAUGGCGACCACACGACAAACGACGGAGGGAGUAGAGGCGAAUGAACGGCGAGACGGCAGACGAGAUGAAGAGAAAGGUACUGCUAGAGGAAUCAGGUCAAAGAUGAGCAGAUUCAAUUUCCUGUCACGACUAAAGAACCGCAAUAGAAUUGCUCCGUCCACUCAACCAAUCACAGCCACCACAUCAGAUGCUCCUGUCUCCUCCCUCAUCCCACCACCUCUCACUACCACUAGUGGUAGAGGUCGUUCUACCAGCCAAGGGCUCACGUACCCUGUCACAGCUCAAACCCACCCUACUGUGGCUAAUGGAGCCUGGGAGAGAGAGAAAGAUGGUGAAAGAGAGAAAGAGGGACAUACAGAGUCCAUAGCCAUGGAGAGUGCUGUUCCCGAGGAUAGGGAAGAUGUGUUCGAUAACAUGCCUGAACUACCAAAGACUAGACACACACUUCCUCCGGUACAAGUUCACAGGAGACUGCCUGGUCUAGAAGAACAGACCUUCACCACGUCGCAGCCCGGCUUCCUCCACACUGCCCACAGACGGUCACUUACAGUGGUGAACACUGGUGCAUAUGGCGUUACUGCACAAUCAAACAGUGGAUAA